CAUCUCCAUAUUCCAUCAACAAAACACAACACAACGCUACCCAUAUUCUCUCAUUAACAGCCCACACCAAUGGAACAAUCUGCCUCCUCCACUCUCACCGGACUUCUCCGCCGGGCAGCCGAUACCUUCCCCUCCCGCCGCGCCAUCUCUGUCGCCGGCAAGUUUGAUCUCACCCACUCCCGCCUCCAACAUCUCGUCGAUAUCGCAGCCAACCGCCUCAUCUCCGCUGGCAUCAAGCCCGGCGAUGUCGUCGCUCUCACCUUCCCCAACACCGUCGAGUUUGUAAUUACUUUCUUAGCUGUUAUUCGAGCGCGUGCGACUGCAGCGCCACUUAACCCCGCGUACACUGCGGAAGAGUUCGAGUUUUAUUUAUCAGACUCAGAAUCCAAACUUCUAGUAACUUCUUCUGAAGGAAUCAAGCCGGCUCAAGCGGCGGCUUCCAAGCUCACCAUCCCUUGCGCCGCGGCUUCAUUAAAUACACCCGAACAAGCCAAUAAUGAAGCAGCUGAAGCCGAAUUCACCCUCUCCCUCAGCCACCGUCCUGACUCGGACUCUAACUCGGACCACGACUCGCUCUCCGGACUCACCAACGAUCCUUCCGACGUGGCGCUCUUCCUCCACACCUCCGGCACCACGAGCCGCCCCAAGGGCGUGCCGCUGACUCAGCACAACCUCUUCUCCUCCGUUCGCAACAUCCAAUCGGUGUACCGACUCACUGAGUCAGACUCGACGGUGAUCGUGCUCCCUCUCUUCCACGUCCACGGCUUAAUCUGCGGAUUACUCAGCUCUAUCGGCGCCGGAGCCGCCGUAGCCUUGCCAGCGGCGGGGAGAUUCUCCGCGUCGACGUUCUGGAAAGACAUGAUCAAGUACAACGCCACGUGGUACACCGCGGUUCCAACGAUACACCAGAUCGUACUUGAUCGCCACCAGAACAACCCCGAACCGGUUUACCCGAAGCUCCGGUUUAUUCGUAGCUGCAGCGCGUCGCUGGCACCGGCUAUUCUGGGUCGGUUGGAGGAGGCUUUCGGUGCACCGGUUUUGGAGGCUUAUGCGAUGACGGAAGCCUCUCAUUUAAUGGCUUCGAAUCCGUUGCCAGAAGAUGGGCCCCACAAGGCCGGGUCCGUUGGAAAGCCCGUGGGGCAAGAGAUGGGCAUAUUGGAUGAAACGGGCCGGGUCUUGGAGGCUGAGGUUAACGGUGAGGUUUGUAUUAGGGGUCCCAAUGUGACGAAUGGUUAUAAGAAUAACCCAGAUGCUAAUACGGCGGCGUUUCGGUUUGGUUGGUUCCAUACCGGUGAUCUUGGUUACUUUGAUUCUGACGGCUAUUUGCAUCUUGUGGGUCGGAUCAAGGAGCUCAUUAACCGUGGAGGAGAGAAAAUAUCACCAAUAGAAGUGGAUGCUGUCCUCCUAUCUCAUCCUGAUAUUGCUCAGGCGGUUGCUUUCGGAGUUCCCGAUGACAAAUACGGCGAGGAGAUAAACUGUGCAAUCAUCCCAAGAGAAGGGUCAAACAUUGAUGAGGAAGAGGUGCUGAGAUUUAGCAAAAAGAAUCUUGCAUCUUUCAAAGUCCCCAAGAAGGUCUUCAUCACUGAUUCAUUGCCCAAGACAGCCACUGGCAAGAUUCUACGCCGCCUAGUAGCUGAACAUUUUGUCUCUCAAAAAUGAUAUGCUUGCUGGAGUACCUCACCUUGGACCUUUACUUCCUGGCCAAUAAAGGGUUGGAGUCUAUAAUUAUUCAUAAAUGUUGACAAUGUUGGUAUUAUGAGGAACAAAAAAGAAACAUGCAAUUAGCAUUCAACAUUGUAAUUUUAUGAUUGUGAGGGGUUUACAGAUUACAAAGCAACGUUUUUACA